AUGGAAGUAGGAAAGGAAGAGCUCCACCCUGACCCCCCUUCCAAGGGGCCCUCUGGUCCCCAGCAGUCCUUCCCAGAGAAGGUCUCUCCCGAAAAGGGCUUGGAGAUGGAGGAGAAAGCAGGAGAAGGAAAGGGUCCAGAGCCCAAGAGUGCUGGGGAGGAGAAGUGCCGAGAAACGGAAGCCCAGGACCAAAGCAGCAGCACGGACCAAUCCGAGGCAGAAUGUGGUGUACCCCAAGACCCACCCAUAUCUGGGAGGAGUUUUGAGAGCAGCUCUGAGGAAGACAAUGAGGACCGUGACUGGAAGAGGAAGAGGAGCCGGGGAGCCCGCUCUCCCCACACACCAGGAAGUCCUUCCGAGGUGGAUCACAGUGGGAAGAGCUCGGGUGCCGGUCACCCCAGGGGCCCUGGCACUCUUCACAAUGGCUGCAAUGAGGAGGCCGACAGGAAUUCCUGUUCCCGGAGGCACCAGAGAAAGCCCCAGUGCCAUGGGCGUUGGCGCAGCCCACUUGGCAAGAGGCCCCGGUCUCCAGAACCCGAGAGCACCCGGGCUUCCAAGUGCCCCCGACUUCGGCGAGGCUUGGUGACCACCCUGCGCAGCCUGUCCCGGGCCGUACAGGUGGACCUGGUGGAGACACAGAGGCAGCAGACCUGCGCCCCCCUCUCUCACGACCAACUGGCCCUGCUGGCCCAGCUCCGGGCGCCCCUGACUGGCUUGGUGCAGGCCUUCUACUCCAUGGCCAGCCAGGCAGCCUAUGUCUUCCCCGCUGAGGCCUGGAUGAUGCCCCAGACUUCCCGCUUUACCCAGAUGCCUGAGGCCCCUUCUCUGCCUGCACAGUCUUGGGCUGGUGCUGGAGCUGAGAAGGUUCCAACUCAUGCGUCCCCGUAG